GCAAAAGAUAAUGUCGACGAGGCCGAAGAAGUUAUCACUGAUACCUGACCCAACAAGAAGGAAAGCAUCAUUCAAGAAGAGGAAGAGAGGGAUACAGAAGAAACUCGAUGAGAUUACGACUCUCUGCGAUGUCAAAGCCUGUGCGGUGAUCAACAGUCCGUUCGAGAAGAAUCCGGUGGUGUGGCCGUCAAAGGAAGGCAUCAAAGAGGUGGUUUCAGAGUUUCAGCAGGUACCGGAGUAUAAACGGUACACUUAUAUGGUGAACCUGGAGACGUAUUUGAAGGAGCGAAUCGGGAAAGCUACGGAGUCAUUGAGGAAGCUGCGUGAGGAGAACUAUGAGUCUCAGCUUAAACAAAUUAUGUUUGAUUGUUUGAUUGGUACAAUGAAGGUGCAGUCGUGUAAUCCAAUGGGCUAUGACAAUCUCAUUGGUUAUAUUGACAGCUAUCUCAAACGAAUUGAGGUUAGCAUGCAGCUCCAUGCAGAAAAUGGUGAGUCUUCUUCUCUCCCUCCCCCUCCUGCUUCAGUUGAUGGUGUUGAUCCUCCUGCUGUUCAUGAGCAUGCUGGUCCUUCUAAUGAACUUCAUGGUUACUUUCCGUAUGAUAAUAUGAAUCUGAAUCUGAGUAACCAUGAAGUGCCAGUUCAACACCAGGUUCUGACUCAAAACCAGAAUCAGCAAGGGCCGGUUCAGUACAAUCCUCUCAUUAACUUUAAUGAUGAGACUGCGCAUAGAUUCUCUGGUAUGAGUUUGCACCAGAAUAUGAGUCAAGAUCCAUAUCAGGGUAUGUAUCAACAAAGCUCAUUCAUGAAUCUGCUGGCAGCACUUCCUCAACAAAUGGGUUAUGUCGGAGAGCAUGCACAUGUUCCUUACCAGCAACAACCAACCAUUGAUCUUGCUGCAACUGGUCACAUGCCUGUCAUCACCACCACCAUGACCAACACCUCCACUCCGGCUGUUCAUGCUCCUGAAAUGAAUCUGCAGGAUCCAUAUCAUCAGCUGUCUCAACAAGAACCAUUCAUGAAUCUGCUGCCAGCACUUCCUCAAGAAAUGGGUUAUGUCGGAGAGCAUGCACAUGUUCCUUACCAGCAACAACCAACCAUUGAUUUUGCUGCAACUGGUCACAUGCCUUCCAUCACCACCACCAUGACCAACACCUCUACUCCGGGUGUUUAUGCUCCUGGUAUGAAUCUGCAUCAGAAUAUGAGUCUGCAGGGUCCAUAUCAUCAUCAGCUGUAUCAACAAGACCCAUUCAUGAAUCUGCUGCCAGCACUUCCUCCACAAAUGGGUUAUGUCGGAGAGCUUGCACCUGUUCCUUUUACGAACAACAACUACCAGCAACAACCCACCAUUGAUCUUGCUGCAACUGCUCAGAUGCCUUCCAUCACCACCAUGACCAACAUCUCCACUCCAGGUGUUUAUGCUCCUGCUAUGAAUUUGCACCAGAAUAUGAGUCUCGAUCCAUAUCAGCAGAUGUAUCAACAAGAACCAUUCAUGAAUCGUCCUCAACAAAUGGGUUAUGUCGGAGAGCAGGCACAUGUUCCUUUCAUGAACGGUAACCACUACAACUACCAGCAACAACCAGCCAUUGAUCCUGCUACAACUGGUCACAUGCCUUCCAUCACCACCACCACCACCGCCACCACCAACACCUCCACUCCGGGUGUGUAUGCUCCUGAUAUCAGUAAUCUCUUUAAUGAUAAGAUGUGGAUUUAAGUUUCAACUGUGUUUGCAUUAGUGUACUUUGUUCAUUCAAAGAACAAGUAUAUUUAAUGAUGUUUCCUUCUCUUUAGUUCAUUGUUGUAACCGUUAAAGGUUCGACCUUUUCGUCAUUUUCUAUUAUUUCAGUAUAAGAUAAUGUAUUUGUGUGCUCUAGCAUGCAAAAAUAUUUCAAUAAUAUUUGAAGCAGUUUGAUCCAUAAAAUAAUAUUUUACUA